AUGCAGAGCCUUUUCCUCUCCUCUCCCUGUUCUACAGUGUUCGAGAGAGGUGAAACACAAACUCUUCUCGUUCCCCUUUCCACCGACGGCCAGAUCCGCGGUCUCUCUCCUCUCCGGCCGCCAUUCCGGUGGUGGGAGAGUGGAGGGGCCCGGGUUCUGUGCCUUAGGUGUGUUUAUAGUAGCUUAGGUCUUCCCGGUGGCAGCGGUGGGGUGGUGCCGGCGUCGCGUCUGUGGAAUAAAGGUUCAGCUGCUCGUCUUCCACCUCGGCACCGUAUUCUGGGGCGAUGUCGUCGAGCGGCCGUCGUAGGGUGCUCGUCGAUCUAUGGAUUUGGCGGGCUUCGGUGGCCUGGGCUAGGUCGUGGCGGCGGAGGUGACGACCUGGCUGUGGCUUUUUUGUCCCCUGUCUCCGACUUCGCGGCGGUGAGGUGGGCUCCGGCCUCACAGUGGAGUUUCUGGGGGUGGUUCUGGAGUUGGAGACGCCGGUGCGCGUCCUUGCUUUCUCUGGCUGGCCGUGGUGGCAGGGGGAGGAGCAGGCGUGCCUGCGCGCUGGACAAGGUUUCUGGAAGCGACGACCUUGGGUUGCGGCUUAUGGUGGAGGAUCUGGCCGUCUUUUGCUGGGCGGUGUGGCUUCGUCCCCAGAUCCGGAGCGGCGGAAGCUCGGUGAGCGCUCUCGUUAGUGGGAGAUGUCGCCGGCCGUGUUCCUUCUCGGUUUCAAGAUCCAACUCUGAGGAGUUGGUGGCUACUGCGGCUCAACAACGCCAUCUGGCAAGGGGCUUCUUCACCUCCAAGGACAAGACAUCUGCAACAAGCUGUUCUCCCAUCGGCCAUUCCGGCGCCGGUGAUGGAUCCAGCUGUGUUGCGGUUGCAAUGAACACGAAGAAGAUAAGGGACCUGGGUGUAGUUUCUUAUUUCUUCAGGGUCCUUUUUCGUAGUUUUGGUGGGGUCUGUUGUUUCCUGUUCCCUGUCUUUGCUUCUGUAUUCUCUCGGAUGUGUAUUGUCUGUUUCCUUAACAUGAAUACAGCGUAGCGCAUGCCUUCGGGUG